AUGUUGCGCAAAGCGAUCGUUUCGGUAUGGUGGGUGGCUGUGGGCGCGAUCGUGAUCAGCGCGUUGGACGAUCCGGAAGAUGGGUCCACCUCCUGUACGCAGAUAGACUUCGACGAGGCGACACUUUCUUCGCUGCACAAGUGUGAUUAUAAGCAAGAGUUUAUCGCGAAACGGUACGAUGCGUCGGAUCUCUUCGGACCGUAUCGUCCGGAGGCGGCGUACUAUCUGUCCCACCGCUGGCAAGGACUAACGUGUGGUGAAACGGUGGAUACCUACUCGUUCAACGAAGAAACCGAGCUGCGUAUGGCUUACAACCUGGUGUUUGAUAGUGGUGCUACGCUGGAGGUGCGUGUGUUUGAUGAAGAUCGUAUGGAUUCGGACAAUAAAGCGACGCUGGUUGAGGUUUGGCGCACGGCUAGCUCCACGGAAGGGUGGGCAUUGUUCCGCGAGAAGCUCAACAAAACUGUGAAGAAGGCGAGGAUUCAAAUUGAAGCCAACAUCAACGCCGGAAGUGAUUUGGCGAUAGAGUACUUGACCAUAUUCAACUACGAGGUAGAAACCGAGGAGUGUAGCGAAAUUGAUGAGUUUUCAACAACCGUUGCUGCACCGUCAUCUACCGACGCUGCAACAACCACCACAACAACGGUUGCUGCGGAAACAACCACUCAACAACCUGUCACAACAACAACACCUCCUCUCGAUACAACGAUGACGAUGACGACGGAAACAUUCCCGUCCACGGUGUUAUCAACCGAAGCGGACGAAACAACAGCCACCACUGAAAUGUCGACGGAAGAAACGACCAUAACGGUAGAGACUACUACCACUAGCACCACCACCGAGACACUAACAACGACCACCACCAAUGCGCCGCGAGAUGACACUUCAACACAGCCGGUCAUUACCAGCACAACACACCAACCGAGCUUCCCGUACUCCACGACGGUGUCCCCGAGGCCGUCUACGACGACCGUCACCACUACUGAGCAUGGCUCAGCGAACGUUGAACCGCCAAGCACAAAGCAGUGGCUAUGGAUGACGUUGGCAGCAGUGUUUGCGAUACUAUUCCUGCUGGCGACCAGUGUCGCCAUCUACCUCUGUCAUGUGAACCGCCAUCUUGAGCGGAUCAGCACACGUCCAGUGGUUGAAGUCAGUCAAUAUCCGUACAAGAAAAUGUGA